AUGAAUUCAGAAAUUUUGAAGGAACUCGGAUCCUCCGAUACAGUAACUGUUAUCUGGGGUCACUCCUCUUCUCAGUCCACUCCUUCAAAUGAAUCCAUGAAGUCUCUUGUUGAAACGCUCAAAUUCAAAGUCACUGAUGGUAGUGUUCAGCUUGAGAAUUUUGAUAAAUUCAAAGAAGAUUCGUCGGCUGUUGCUGGUUCGGUUAUUUUAACUGGUUGGCCCGUCGCCUUCCCCGCCGAAAAACACGACUUUACUUUCUUCUCAACACUUGUUGCCAAAAUGCCCGUUGGAGGACGACUUUUUUAUCGGGGAAUUGUCGAUGGAGAUCUUGCUAAAACUGUUGAAUCGAUAAGAAAAUCUGCUUUGUUCAGUGGUCUCGUUGAUAUUAAAUUUAUUGAGUGCGAGAGUGGCUGCGUUUGCUUUAGUGCUUCUCUGCCCUACGAGACUGGUGCCAGUGCCAAGUUGCCAUGGGCAAAAGUGGAUGACAAUACCGUUUCUGACGAUAUCUGGGAUGCUGUGGAGGGUGAGGAGGGGGCUAGUUUGGUCAACACAGAAGAGCUCCUCACAGCCACUGACCUUGCACCUCCCCCUGUGGCCCCAUGUGGUGAACCGACAGCCGCGAGCGGUGGUGUGAAGAAAAAGAGAGCUUGUAAGAACUGCACUUGUGGCCUUGCCAAACUUGAAGCAGAAGAAGCUGCUGCAGAAGCGGAGAAGGCUGCAACUGCUGGUGUCAAGUCAAGUUGUGGAAACUGUUAUCUCGGCGAUGCUUUCCGGUGUUCCUCUUGUCCUUAUAGAGGUCUACCUCCGUUCAAACCAGGCGAACAGGUGGUUAUCCCCGAUGAUAUGCUCUCCGCUGAUAUCUGA